UUUAGUAAGUUGUGGACAUGCGUUAUUAAAAUGCUCUUGUGUUUUUAUCUUCUCCUUCUUCUCCACAUCACUGAAGGCUGCAGGCUGGAAGGAAAUGAAGUCUUAAUAGAAAUCACUGCAUCCACAGGAGACUCAGUACUGCUGCCCUGCUCCUGCACUGACCUCCAAACCACACCUGAGACAUUCACAUGGCAGAAAUACAUAAGAAAUGAAAAGUAUUGGGUAAAGAUAUCUCCUGAGAGUGAGCAGGACAAAGAGAGAUUUCAGCUGGUUAAUGAUCGCUCUUCAGGAAAUCUUUCUCUGCUCAUAUCACACCUGACUGAAGAGGAUGGAGGAGAUUACAUGUGUAGUGUUAAAGGGAGUCAAUACAGAGACAUCAAACUCACUGUUAAAGGUUGCACACUGAAUCUACAGAGAGUGUAUAUGACUGGAUACGUGGGACAGUCUGUCCUUCUGCCCUGCUCCUGCUCUGAACUACAAGCCAAACCACAAGCUUUCACAUGGAUGUUUUUAAAUGGUUCUGAUUCCAAAGAAAUCUUCCCAAAGGACCAGACAAGUCUCUACACAGACAGAGUUCAGCUCUUUAAUGAUCAUCUUCCAGGAAAUCUCUCUCUGCUCAUAUCACACCUGACUGUAGAGGAUGGAGGAUGGUACAGGUGUUGGAUCAGGAACAGAAUCUCAUUCGUCUAUCUCACAGUAAGAGACGCACCGACAAAACCUUCAACAUCCGCACCAGUGACCACAACAACUUCACCUCAUUCCAAACCAGAUAUUGAAGUCUCUCCAGAGCAUCUUCCCUACAUCCCCUUUGGCGUAGUGACUGUGUUCUUUCUGCACAUUAUCGUGGCUGUGGUCUAUUACAUCACCAGAAAGAAAGGUCCUGUUACAGUUCAUUACAGCAGGGCUGAUGGAGAUGGAACAGUGAGUCUGUAGUUGGGAAGAACAUCAACAGAAGAUACACGUUUAACAGCAGCAACAAUCCAACACACGAUUAAAAGACCAUAUAGUUACCAACACACCUGCAUACACAUUCACUGCCAUUGCUCUAAACCACAUUUUUUUAAGCAAAAUAGUUCACAUGUCAACUUUUUAGCAUGCUCAUAAAGAAUUAAAUCAUGCUCACAUGAUGUCAGUGGUUGAGUUGAUUGCCAUGGGGUUUAUUGCUCUAUUUUGCCCCCUAGUGGAAUAACAGCCAUGUUUUCCUCAUCUUUCAAUUCAAUUCGACAAGAUGAUUUUAAUUCAGAACACUGAUUAUCAAUUCAUUCAUUUGACCAGAUUUUACACUUAUCCAGGACCGGCCUUAGGAUUUUAUUGUAUGUAUUAUAGCUAAUCUUUCGUUUUUCAUUCACAAAUUAUUCUUCCCCACACUUUUCCAUGUUCAGGUUGAUACAUUGUCUUGCAAAAAAGUAUUCAUCCCCCUUAGUGUUUGUCCU